AUGGCCCCCACAGCAUACACGGGCGCCCUCCAGCCCAAGAAAAAGUCUGAGCUCCAGGAAAUCGCCGUCGCCCUCCGUCUCAGCGACCAGGGCACAAAGGACGAGCUCCAGGCCAGAAUCAAGAAGCACCUCGACUCCAACCAGGACGCGCUCGAGGAUGACCCUACCUUUGCUGGCCUCUUUGGCCGCCGGAAGCGCAGUCUCCAGCCGCAGCCUAUUCCCCAAAGCGGACGCUUUGCACCAUCAUCUUCAACCCCAGACACGAUCGAGAAACCACGCUCAUCUCUCGGACGCGCCAGUCGCGUGCUGCCUCUUGAUCCGAUCAAGGAGGCCACCCCGCCAAAGGACCUCCGCGAUGUCUCCACCUUCCUCAAGCACCCCUUCUCCCCAGCAGAGACAACCCCAGCCAAGUCGCCUCGCCAGAUCGACCUCACCACUCCCAGCAGUCUGCCCCCGCUCCCACCGAGCCCCGCAAAGAGUAUCAUCGAGCGUCUCCCCAAGGCCUCAGAGGUCAAGGCGACCCUCGAGACAAAGCAAGAAGAGGCCCUCCAAAACGGCUACGAGAUGAUCACCUCUCUCCGCCUCUUCCUCUCAAACUCGCGGAACAUCUGGUCCCUCACCGCCGUCUUCGAGCUGCUCUACAUCAUCUCCACCAUCAUCCCGUGGAAGUCCAUAUCUGUCCCCGUCGUGCCCGUCGCAGGCACGGGGCCCACACUCACCGUCUUCUACCCCCCUCUCUCCGUAUUCCAAACAUCCGCAUUCUGGCUCGUCCUCCUCCACUGGGCCCUGCCCACCCUCAUCGUGCCCACCCUCGCAGGGUACAUCAUCUCCUUCAACCCUACCACCUCCCCUUCCCCCUCCCGCUCCUCCUCUCCAUCCCACCUGAGUCUAAGCCCCAACAAUAAACCCACACCCCCCGCGCUCCCGCUCGACCCGCUCACAGCAGGCAUCAUCCGCGUCGCGCUGCAGACCGCGUACCCGUACCCGACCAUCGCCGCCCGCGCAGGCGUCGUAGGCCUCGACGUCCUCGGCAAGCAAUGGCGCCUCGUCAGCGCCUCCGUCGGGCUCGCGUUCGCGUUCUCCGAGGCGAUCGCUGGUGCGCCGAAGGUUGCACUGGACGGCGCGCAGCGGCAGCAGCAGCGGCUGGCGAUUGAGCAGAGGCAGCGCGAGGCGACGCCCGUGCGCGGGGUGCUCAUGGACCGCGAGGAGGAGGAGAACGAGGUUGAUUGA